AUGGAUUUUCUAGAGCAAAAUGAUGUGUCAAUUCAGGUUUCCAAAGGCUUAUUAAAAUUAGCCGGUCAAGAAAUUCAGUUAGAUAAAGAACGAAUUCCUGUUUGCACUAGAGUCAAUUGGUCCAAAAAGAUCAUUGUACCCCCUGACAGUGAAAUUACUGUUUCAGGUUAUGCUGUUGGUUUGAAGGACAAAUCUGUAGAUAGUUUAGUUGAGCCCUUUAAAUUUUUACAGCAGAGAGGCCUAUUAGUUGCCAGGACUUUGGUUGACCCAGAAAAUAUUCUGUUUUCAGUAGUAAAUAUUACAGAUAGGCCUGUUAGAAUUGACAAGAAUGCAACAGUUGCGACAUUACAAUCUGUUGAUAUUGUUGAGUCGAAAGUUGGGUCAGUUGAAGUUUCAUCUGAGUUGCCAGAAAAUUUACAUGUUUUGUAUGAGAAGUCAUCGGUUGGUUUGACUGAAGAACAAAAAUCAAAAUUGUUCGAGAUGCUGGUUUCUUACAGAGAUAUAUUUGUGGGUCCUGAUGGAAAAUUUGGUAGGACAAAGUUAGUCAAACACAGUAUUGACACUGGGGAUAGCAAACCAAUUAAAAUUCCCCCUCGUAGGUUGCCAUACGCACAGAAAGAAAUUGUAGAAAAAGAAAUUCAGAAAAUGCUUGAUAAUAGUAUCAUUGAACCAAGUGAAAGCCCCUGA